AUGCAUGCCUUAUGGGUCUCCUUGAAGGAUAAUAUCAAAUGUGGAAACAAGAUCAACGAUGUAAUCAAGCAGCAAACAAAAUGCGCCAAAGGAAGUGGGUAUGUUUCAGAAAGGGAGAAAAUGAAUGGAUAUAAUAGACCUCUAAUGCAAACUCCAACUGGCCUAGUAGUUUCAAGACCAAGCAACACACUGGGAAGGCUUCAUGAAAUGAGUGUUGGCGACCCAUCGAGAAAAAUUGUUGAGAUGAUCUUUCAAAAAGCUUGGUUCAACACAUCAAAGCCACUGAAGAAGGUUAGAACAGUCCUCAGGGUAAGCUAUUCAGAAGAAGUCCUUGAAAGGUUUGAAAAAUAUAGAGAAAAUGUAAAAAGGGUGGCCUCUGAGAAAUAUCCAAGGCAUCCAAGGAGCACAGUUGAUGGGAAUGAACUGUUGCGAUUCUAUGGUACUACAGUGAGAUGUUUCCAAGGGAAAUCUACGAAGAGAGUUCAUGAUCCCUGUAAAGAUCCAUCUUGUUAUCUUUGCCAAAUAAUUCAAUUUAAUUUCAAGAAACAGUACGCCGACAUUCACCCGAAUACAGGUGACAAAGAGUUAAGUAACAGAAGAACUGCCACUGGCAGGGUACAUAAUGUGAAAAAAGCUGCAAUAAUUUGCAGGAUAAUUGCUGGAACUCCAGUAAAUGAAGUUGAUGGUGAGUAUGAAGGACCUGGUUCCACUGGGUUAGGAGAAAUGCAGAUUAGCUUAGAAAACUUUGUAGUAAAAAACCCCAGUUCUAUUCUUCCUUGUUUUGUAAUAAUUUUCAGCUAA